GAGAAAACAGAGUGAUGUGUGUGCUGUGAAUUCAAAGCUGGGUGGGUCUACUGUGUUUCACAUUCCCAAAUAUCUCCGUGCGUUGAAGCGCCUUCAGUGUUCACAAGGCCACAAUGUUAGUGCUGGCUGGAAUCGUUGUUCUGCACAUUACCACCAUCAUCCUGCUGCUGGUGGCCACCAUUGAUAAUGCUUGGUGGAUCACAAGCACAGUGUCCACUGACCUGUGGGGCAGGUGGGAGCUGACUGGCUCAGAGUGGCAUUACACCAACCUGAAAAACUACCCAGAGGAGUUCCUUCAGGCGGUUCAGGCAACCUCAGUACUGGCCUGUGUUUUUGCCAUCCUGGCCUUAUUUGUAUUUGUGGCCCAGCUGUUCACCCUACCCAAAGGCCAGAGGUUCACCUUCACUGGCGUUUUACAGCUAAUCACCUGCCUGUGUAUAAUGAUAGCAGCCUCAAUUUACACGGCUGAGCUUCACGCUGACGAAACACAGGGAGGUUACGGACACUCCUACGUCCUGGCCUGGAUCUCUUUUGUCCUCACCUUCCUCCUAGCGAUUACCUAUCUGGUCCUGCGAAAGAAGAGUGAGUGAGAGGAGAAGAGGAAGGAGGGCAGGUCUGGGAUCAGAUUCCCACUCUGAAUUUGAGGAAAGUUAAACAGUAGGAUUUUUGUUUGAAAAUGUUGGUUAACAGAAUACUUGUUGAUCUACGUUUGCAGCUAGGGAAGUGUGUUGUGUUGAUGUUAAAAUGCUAACAAGAGCCAUUUGUGUAUAUUUUUAUUUUUGAAUACUUAAAAUGGUAAUGAACCAAAGCUUUAAAAACAUGAAGUGAAAUUUUACCCCGUAGAUUGAGCAGGGUGUGCAACCUGACCGUAACAGUUUUUUAUUCAGAGCUGUAAAGUGAUGAUGCACAUUUUAAGAAUCUCUUUAUUCACUUUGUUGAUGACAGUAGUAUGAGAGGAUCAUUGCCUCUCUUCUCUGACAGAUUUUAGGUUGGCACUAGCAGACAGCUUACUACAAAGACAAGGAACAGGCCAAAUUACUGGCCUUGCUUAGUCUAAAAAGCACUAACUACAAACCACACCCUAAACCUCAUUAUCUUUUACUUUCUGGUUCAAUUUUACCAAAAACUAAUUGUAAAAUGUUGAUAUAUGAAUUUAUCCUAUAUAAACAACAAUAGGGCUUAUUUUUCCAUCUUUUCAUUAAACCUAUUUUAGCUAACCUGCUGUUGGAGGAAACCUUGUGUUUACCAUAAAUCUGAAUCUCAGGAAGAAAAAGAAUAUUUCCAAAUGUGUCAAACUAUACCCUUAAAAGAAAAAAAGACCACGUAGUAAGAGUAAAGGCCUUUCGGGAUGUAGUUUCUAUAAGAAGUACUCUAAGAGUAUCUCCCUUUGUGAGGCUUACUGUUACUACUACAGGUUUCUGUAGUCAAGAAUUGGUCAAAGUCUGUAUUUGUGUAUCAGUGCAGCGUUCCUGUUGCAGUACUUGAACAACCAGAGAAGACAAGCCUUCAUUUUCUGUACAUGUAGUUUUAAUCAUGUAUCAUUUUACAGCUGAAUUCUAUUGUAAUCUUUUUUAUCUUUGUAAUGUAAUCAGUAUAUUUUUGUAACAUUUUGUAUUGAAAGUUUUUUUAAACAUGUUGAUUUUGUAGUUGGCUGCUAUCAUAAGAAAAGUACAGGCUUUUUGUACAAUUGAGCCUAAGUGAACCAGGGAUGGAGGAGGACGGUGUUUCAUGUCACAAUAUUUGCAAUAGAAGGUUUUCUUUAUUACAUUGGAAUUGAAGCCAUAUCAUUUAUUAAUAAAACAAACUAUAUCACAAGUGUGUGUUUAAUGUAUUAAACUGCAAUAAAGGCAGAAAAUCCACAUCACUGUUAUGUAAUAAACAGGUAUAAAGAG